AUGAGCGGAGAGGAACCACCGAGCACCGACAUCAUCACCCUCACUCGACAUGUCUUGAACGAUCAGUUCAGUCUUGGUGCGGUGGCGACGGGAGACCUCACUCUUCUCCUCACGGCCAUCCAGACGACAUCCAAGUUCAUCGCGACCAAUGUGCGGAAGGCACGGUUAAUCAACCUCGUCGGGCUGGUGGGAGAGACCAACGUACAGGGAGAGGAGCAGAAGAAGCUGGACGUCCUCUCCAACGAUAUCAUGAUCAGCCAGCUCCGGGCUUCCGGCAAAACUGCCGUGCUCGUCUCUGAGGAAAACGAGCAGGCCAUUUUUAUCGAGGAAAGGUACAGGGGACGGUACUGCGUUGUGUUCGACCCCCUGGAUGGGAGCAGUAACAUCGACGCUGGUGUCAACGUCGGCACAAUCUUCGGAAUCUACCGGGUAAAAGAAGAUUCGAAGGGUACUAUCGAGGAUGUCCUGAGACCCGGGAACGAGAUGGUCGCUGCUGGCUAUACGAUGUAUGGAUCAUCAGCCAACCUGGUCCUGACUACCGGAAACGGAGUCAACGGGUACACACUCGACCCCUCGCUCGGCGAGUUCAUCCUCACCCACCCCGACAUCAAAAUCCCACCACGGGGCAAGAUCUAUUCCUUCAACGAGGGCAACUCGACGUACUUUUACCCACCGGUCAUUAAGUACCUCAACAGCCUCAAGUACCCUACCAACGGCAAGGCACCAUAUAGCGCGCGCUACAUCGGCUCCAUGGUCGCGGACGUUCACCGCACGCUGCUGUACGGCGGUAUCUUCGGCUAUCCUGAUGACAAGAAGUCGAAGAGCGGCAAGCUCCGUAUACUGUAUGAAGCAUUCCCGAUGGCGUUCUUGACUGAGCAGGCGGGCGGAUUGGCGACGACGGGCACGAAGCGCAUCCUCGACAUCAUCCCGACGAAUAUCCACCAACGGUGCUCGGUGUUCUUGGGCAGCAAAGAGGAUGUGCAGGAUGUGAUCAAGGUUUUCCAGGAGUCGAAAGCGUGAGAUGGAAUGUAGUCAAUAUAUGAGUAUAUGAAACGUGCUGUACAAUACAUAGUCGAUUCAAGAAACAUCGAUAUGCAGAAGUGGGGCUAACGCUCGUAGGGAGGACCUUCGAAACACUCGAUGUACAAAGCAGACCUUCAGAAGUUCUUUCUAAUCGUCGUAACACUCGUACGCAUUGUCUAUUAGAGCUUAACCCUUGCAGAUAAUGACUGGUUCGGAGGCAAAAGGAAAACGGAAAAGGGUGGAAUUCAGCAUCGGUCAAGGAGCAAAUAUAUUCAUCGACGACUGAUUCAAUUGGUGGAAGUGUCCAGGCACCAUUCAAUCCCUGCUGCAGUCACAAGUAUAUGAUCACAGUUCAUCUGGAAUACAUAAAUCUUCUCUAAAUGCGGAGCCUGUUGCAAUGAGAUUUUGCGAGGACCGAUGCUUGAUGCUAUAGGAUG